AUGGCGCUCUGGCAAUGUUUUCGCAGAUUCAUGGGUGCCACGGUCAGCAUAGCUCACCGGCCAGAAGACGGCGAAAUCUUUACCGGCGCAAAAAGCUUCGGGUCGAGUGCGAAAGAGCAAUCCAACAAACUCUUUUCCGAGUGGACUGGGACAAGCGUUGGCAGCUGCAAGGGAGAGCGCGGUUUGGGCAGACAACGCGAUAUUUUCCCUGUACCUUUGCCUGAGCUGUGGCCUGAAUCCGUUCCUUGCAAAGAAGAGUUCUGUUCCAUCCGCUUGGUGAUUUUGCAUUGCUGUCUAUCCGCUUUGAACUUUUUGGCAGUGGAUUUCAAUGCUGCUCGCAGCCAGCCAUCCAGAUGUGCCGCGACUGCGAGCCAGCGUGCGGUCACGAACCACGUUGCUCGUCGUUGUGCCGGUUUUCUGCACCGUCUUGCGGAAGCGUGUCCACCAAACUUUGACUGGACCAGUGGUUUUGGCAGAUACGAGUCGGCGGAGAAGUCUUGUGGUCUUGAGCUCAAGGCGGAGGCUGUGGACAUCCCCGCGCAGGCAGGGACAUGUGAUCCAAGCCCUCUGCUUUCGGACGACUUGCUGCAGGCAGUUUCGGAUGUGGAGUCACUUUUUUCGCGGGAGUUGUCGUACACACUGCAAACACCGGGCCCGAAAGGCAAAGACAGGUCAGAAUACAUCAAGCUGGUCCUGCGCCAGUUGGAUUGUGGUAAAGUGCGGCUGAGGCUUCGGGUUCGUGCUGUGGCUGAAGUUUUCCCAGUGGCGAAGACUACACCGGGUAGGCAGCGAGAGGUCUGGAAUGGUUCGCUCAUUUCCGACACAGCUGCGCAGCCGCCUAAACCUCGGUUUCUUGCAAAUCCUGCUUGCUUUGUUGAUAUUCAUGCACAGAAUGGCGAAACCUUGUACUUCUCGAAGCGGGAUGUCAGCACUUGCUUUGAUGUCAUCCAGGCACCAGAUGCCAUGCAAGAAUGGUUUGGGCAACCGGCCGUCACCUUGCGUGAGCUUGCGCGCUUUAGCAACAAGAGUUUGGCAGAGCUCGUGGAGUUUGUGGUGGACAGGGAGACUGCCCACCUUCAGCUGGAUGCGAAGCUUUACCCAGCAAGCACGGUUUGGCGAAUGGGUUUCAGCUGGAGCUCGGCAGUUGCCCAGGACUGCACCGUGAGUUGUUGUUUGCAGAGUGGCGUGCCAGAAACGGCUUUUCUGUGCAUGGAGCAGCCGCUUCCGUUGGACCAGUCAGAGUUGUGCGGAGUUGCCACCGACGACACAAUUUUUGUGCACCGAUCGCAAGCACAUGCUCAAGAACGAAUGGCGCAGCUAGAUGCGGCUAUGAUGCAAGCCGGAAUGCCAAAAAAUGCCGAAAAGGACGUCAACUGGGAAUCAAGCAUGGCUGCUCUUGGCUGCCAGUUGUUCGCAGACCCGCCUGCUGUCGAGCCAAAUUCUGCAAAGCUUUUCGGGCUUUUCGCUGCUUUAGUGGGGCUGCUGCUCAAACCCACAGCUUCACCUAAGGCGCUCAGCAAAGCACUUGGCGUUUCGCAGUGGUUUUGCCUGCUGCAAAGGCCAAUGUUUUCAAUAUUUGACAAGGUGUAUGACUUCGUUCGUGACAGCAAUCAAUCUGCGCAAAUUUCAUUGCCACCGGCCGUCGCAAAUGAACUUGCGGUGGCAACUUUCCUGAUGCCGUUGCUUGGUGCAGACCUUUCUCGUGAUUUUUUGUGCAAAAUCACGGCGAGUGACGCUUGCCCGGAGUACGGUUUUGGGGUGUCAAGUCUGCGAUGCUCCCGUGAGACGGCAAGGAGUAUCAGUCAGUUGGCAGAACGUCAUGGUGAUUAUGUGCGCCUUUACUGUCGGCCGGGCGAUCCGCUUGAAAAAGACCGCCUGGGAAAGCCUCACCGACUUCCUUUCAGCCAGCAAGACUUCCGGUGCGUUCUCAGCAAGCGG